AUGGUUCAGGAUCUAAAGGGAAAUAUUCGAGUUUACUGUAGAAUUAGGCCCAUCUUCAAUGAUGAGGUAAAAACUGUGAUAGAUCAUAUUGGAGAUGAUGGAUCUCUAGUGGUUGUAGACCCUCUGAAACCACAAAAAGACAAAAGGAAGAUUUUUCAAUUCAAUCACGUGUUUGGUCCAACUGCCACUCAAUUUGACGUAUUCAGAGAAACUCAGCCCCUUAUUAGAUCUGUAAUGGAUGGUUACAAUGUCUGCAUUUUCGCCUAUGGUCAAACUGGAUCCGGCAAAACACAUACUAUGUGUGGUCCUGCAUGUGGAUUGGCUAACGAGUUGGGGAUUAACUAUUUGGCAAUUAAUGAUCUUUUUCAACUGUCUGAUGAAAGAAAGGACAUCAUAGAAUACAGAAUUCAAGUCCAAAUGGUUGAGAUAUAUAAUGAACAAGUUCGUGAUCUUCUUGCAGAAGAUUUGUCAGCUUAUACAAAUAUACAAAGUUUCGAUUUCUUAACUACCAAUAAAUUAGAGAUCCGGAGUUGUGCAAGUGAUGGUGGCUUGGUUCUUCCUGAUGCUACUAUGUGUCCUGUGAAGUCCACUACAGAUGUCAUUAACCUGAUGAAACUUGGUGAAGGGAACCAUGCUGUUAGUUCCACUGCCAUUAACAAUCAUAGCAGUCAUUCACACAGUGUGUUGACUAUACAUGUACAUGGAGAAGAUGUAUCUGGAAGCAUAGUUCAAAGUUGCCUCCAUUUGGUGGAUCUUGCAGGUAGCGAACGUGUUGAUAAAUCGGAAGUUACUGAUGAUGGACUCAAAGAAGCACAGUAUAUAAACAAGUCGCUCUCUUGUUUGGGAGAUGUUAUCGCAGCCUUGGCACAGAAGAACUCUCAUAUUCCUUACAAAAACAGCAAACUGACAUUACUUCUGCAGAAUACUUUAGGAGGAAAUGCAAAAACAUUGAUGUUUGCUCACGUGAGCCCAGAAGGUGAUUCUUUUGGAGAAACAAUGAGUACUUUAAAAUUUGCUCAGAGGGUCUCAACUGUUGAAUUUGGUGCAGCUCGUGCAAAUAAAGAGACUGCUGAGGUGCUAGAGCUUAAAGCACAGAUUGAGAAUCUCAAGAAGGCACUGGCCAACAAGCAAAUCGGGACUCCUCUGGUUAACAACUCAAAGGAGCCAGCAAGAACACCUUGCAAGAAACCUAAACAAAUGACUGAGCAAACCCCUGUUCGUCCCAGAAGGUCAAGUAUUGAAAAUGCUAGCAACUUACCGCUGGAGACAAAGAACUACAACGACACAAGGGGAUCCAAAACCCCUUCUGUGAAAACUCGCUCUCGAAGAUCAAGUUUGGGAGGACAAAGUUACGUAAACAAGGAUUUUGAGCAGAUUAAAUUAUCAGAAGUGGUAAGCAAGCCCUUGAGUAGAGAAGUAACAUGCCUACAAAACCAUAGUCAGACGGAAGAACAUAAAUAUAAUAGUGGAUCUUUGAUGGACUCAUCUCAUCACAGUCCGACAAGCUCUGCUUUCAAAGGUCAUGUGGUAAAAGUUAAUACUGCAAUGAGUGCUCCAUCUUUUCAAAAUCCGAUAACACCCAAGCCAGAAGUGGUAAGAAAGCCCGAGAAGCUAGGGGUAACAUGCUUACAAAACUAUAGUCAGACACAAGAUCAUAAAUAUAGUGGUGAAUCUUUGAUGGACUCAACUCAUCAUUGGGCUCCUAGUAGUAGUCCAACAAGCCCUCCUUUCAAAGGUCAUGUGCUAAAAGUCGAUACUGCAAUGAAGUCUCCAUUCUUUCAAAAUCCCAGAACACCCGAACCAGAAGUGGUAAGCAAGCCUGUGAAUAAAGAAGUAACAUGCUUACAAAACCAUAGUCAAGCAGAAGAACAUAAAUAUAGUGGUGGAUCUUUGAUGGACUCAACUCAUCAUAGGGCUCCUAGGAGUCCAACAAGUUCUGCUUUCAAAGGCCAUGUGUUAAAAGUCGUCGAUAAUGAAAUGAAGGCUCCAUCUUUUCAAAAUCCCGAAACACCCGAGCCACGUGUGAAAUCAAAGACAGGGUUCCAGAGAUUGCAACAAAAUGACUGUUCCAUCCAUUCUGAAUUACAGAUGCCUUGCUCCUCAACUAAUACCACUUACGGAAAGGGGUCUCAGAUAAGGAAAUCACUAUGGUCUAUUGGGAAAUUAAUUCACGGAUCAGAAAAGAGGAAACAACAGAAAUCGACUGAAGCACCAAUGCCUUCCAAUGGAAAUAGCACCCUGCUUGAUGCUAAGUCACCCAUUCAUUCGAAUGCAAGGGCCAUCAGGAGACAGUCACUAACCGGCAUUCAACCAUCCAGGCGAUCUUCACUUGGAGGGGUUUCAACUAACUCUUAUGGAAAUGAAAAUAGGAAUGUAAAAACGCCAUCUCCAGUUCGUUCUUCAACAAAGUUAACAAAACGGUGGCUUUAG